AUCAACGACUUGCGCAAUCUUCUUGUCUUUGUUCGCAUGCUAUUCGUGGACACAAGCACACGGUGGUUGGACGGAGCGUGUCAGACAUCGUCGACGGUCGGUUCUCCCGUUUCUAGAACACGGACUGACGUUCUACUGUCGGCAGUCUCUUUGUCUUCGUCGCCUAUAACGACAGGACAGACGGAGGUGUCGCUAGAAGACGACAGAUUACGUGCUUUGUGGACGGAUAACUUGCCCACUACCACUAUGGAUUGCUCAGUGGCUUCUUCAGAGAUGUCUGACGAGGGCAGCACAAUGGGAGAAACAGAAAGUUUUUACACGGACAAUGAAUGGCUGGGUACAUACAUUGAAGAUAUUGAUGAGUUUGGAUCAUGUGUUGACUCAGAUGAUCACAGCAUUCCAAAGGAGAGACGUCGUCAUUUAGAGCAAUACAUCGAACAACAGAGUCUCCUCACACUCUCCUCUAUCCACCAUCCUCACGUUUUCGUUGAACUGCUUCAACAACCACAAGCUCAUCAUAGAUCGUGGAAUGCGACAAACGAAUGCAGUCAACGUCUAGAAAAGCGAGCAGACGAGCCACCCAAGUGCUACUACAAACGGUUAUUGAGCAUGUCAAAGAGCGGGAGGAAGCACAACAAGCGGAAAGCAAAACAGUACAGACAGGCAAUGAAGGAAAAACGAAGCGGUCUCUUUGACGACGAACAGGUAGUGAUACUUCACUAUUCGGGCGACACUAAUUCUGGACUCGACGAACAUGAGGACAUUUCAGUUGUCGAUUGAUUUUCAUUCUCGUCUAGUUCUCGAAUUGAAUCCAAAAUAGAAAACAAUACAAUCACGACAGUCGAA